UCAUGCCUGCCAACCAAAAGCGUGCUUACAUCAUGCCUGCCAACCAAGAGCCUGCUCACGUAAUGCGUGCCAACAUGAGCCUGCUCACGUCAUGCUUGCCAACCAAGAGCCUGCUCACGUCAUGCCUGCCAACCAAGAGCCUGCUCACGUCAUGCUUGCCAAGCAAGAGCCUGCCCACGUCAUGCCUGCCAACCAAGAGCCUGCACACGUCAUGCUUGCCAACCAAGAGCCUGCUCACGUCAUGCCUGCCAACCAAGAGCCUGCUCACGUCAUGCUUGCCAACCAAGAGCCUGCUCACGUCAUGCCUGCCCACGUAAUGCCUGUCAACCAAGAGCCUGCUCACGUCAUCCCUGCCAACCAAGAGUCUGCCAACCAAGAGCCUGCUCACGUCAUGCUUGCCAACCAAGAGCCUGCUCACGUCAUGCCUGCCCAUAUCAUGCCUGCCAACCAAGAGCCUGCCCACGUCAUGCUUGCCAACCAAGAGCCUGCACGCGUCAUGCCUGCCAACCAAGAGCCUGCUCACGUAAUGCGUGCCAACAUGAGCCUGCUCACGUCAUGCUUGCCAACCAAGAGCCUGCACACAUCAUGCCUGCCAACCAAGAGCCUGCUCACAUCAUGCCUGCCAACCAAGAGCCUGCUCACAUCAUGCCUGCCAAGCAAGAGCCUGCCCACGUCAUGCUUGCCAACCAAGAGCCUGCUCACGUCAUGCCUGCCAACCAAGAGCCUGCCCACAUCAUGCUUGCCAACCAAGGACCUGCACACGUCAUGCCUGCCAACCAAGAGCCUGCUCACCUCAUGCCUGCCAACCAAGAGCCUGCUCACGUAAUGCGUGCCAACAUGAGCCUGCUCACGUCAUGCUUGCCAACCAAGAGCCAACAAAAAGGUGCGAGGUAAGUGAAGGUAAAAAAGGGUGUGAGGUAAGUGAAGGUAAUAAAAGGUCAGAGGUAAGUGGAAAAAGGUAAGUGAAAAAAAGGUAAGUGGUAAAGGGUAAGUGUAGGUAAAAAGGUAAAAGGUAAGUGAAAAAAGGCUCUUGGUUGGCAGGCAUGAUGUGAGCAGGCUCUUGGUUGGUAAAAAGGGUAUGUGAAAAAAGGUAAGUGGAAAAAGUGCCUGCCAACCAAGAGCCUGCCCACGUCAUGCUUGUCAGCCAUGAGCCUGCCCAUGUCAUGCCUGCCAACCAAGAGCCUGCUCACCUCAUGCCUCCAAACCAUGCUUGCCAACCAAGAGCCUGCACGCGUUAUGCCUGCCAACCAAAACCAAGAGCGUGCUCACAUCAUGCCUGCCAACCAAGAGCCUGCUCACGUAAUGCAUGCCAACAUGAGCCUGCUCACGUCAUGCCUGCCCACGUCAUGCCUGUUAACCAAGAGCCUGCCCACGUCAUCCCUGCCAACCAAGAGUCUGCCAACCAAGAGCCUGCCCACGUCAUGCCUGCCAACCAAGAGCGUGCUCACAUCAUGCCUGCCAACCAAGAGCCUGCUCACGUCAUGCCUGCCCACAUCAUGCCUGCCAACCAAGAGCCUGCCCAGGUCAUCCCUGCCAACCAAGAGCCUGCCAACCAAGAGCCUGCCCACGUCAUGCUUGCCAACCAAGAGCCUGCACGCGUCAUGCCUGCCAACCAAAAGCGUGCUUACAUCAUGCCUGCCAACCAAGAGCCUGCUCACGUAAUGCGUGCCAACAUGAGCCUGCUCACGUCAUGCUUGCCAACCAAGAGCCUGCACACAUCAUGCCUGCCAACCAAGAGCCUGCACACGUCAUGCUUGCCAAGCAAGAGCCUGCCCACGUCAUGCUUGCCAACCAAGAGCCUGCACACGUCAUGCUUGCCAACCAAGAGCCUGCACACGUCAUGCCUGCCAACCAAGAGCCUGCUCACGUCAUGUUUGCCAACCAAGAGCCUGUUCACGUCAUGCCUGCCCACGUCAUGCCUGUUAACCAAGAGCCUGCCCACGUCAUCCCUGCCAACCAAGAGUCUGCCAACCAAGAGCCUGCCCACGUCAUGCUUGCCAACCAAGAGCCUGCACGCGUCAUGCCUGCCAACCAAGAGCCUGCUCACAUCAUGCCUGCCAACCAAGAGCCUGCUCACCUCAUGCCUGCCAACCAAGAGCCUGCCCACAUCAGCAAAUUUCAGCAAUGCCAUUUUCUUCUUGAAAUGGCUGAAUCUGCUGUGAAAACGGCACUGCCAGUAUGUGUAACACAGCACCGAAGCUUUGAUCCACACAUGGACGGCGAGUCCUGGAAACUUAUUUCAGGAUUCCGAAGGUGAAUUGGAAACGCCAGCCAAAGCCCGCAGGGAGAAACGGAGGUAUAAAACAAUAUCGACUUACAUCCUAUCGUCAUUUCAUGGAAUGGGUUUUGCAAGGCGAAAGACUGGGGAAAGGACAUCGACUUGUUUUGCCUGCCUGUGUUGUUCAGGACAUCAGACGUAGAUAUCCAGCUCCUCACAGGCAAUAUAGCGGCUAUAAAGAAACGGAUGAAGCUCUGGAUGAGCUAUAAGUGUGAAUUGUUUGUUUUUUAAUAAAAAGUUAAAACUCA